CCAGAUCAUCAGAAACUGGAACGCGAAGCUCGAAUUUGCCGACUAUUAAAGCACCCGAAUAUUGUGCGACUUCAUGAGAGUAUUUCGGAAGAAGGGUUCCACUACCUCGUCUUUGACCUGGUCACCGGUGGGGAACUCUUUGAAGAUAUCGUUGCCAGGGAAUACUACAGUGAGGCUGAUGCCAGCCACUGCAUUCACCAAAUUUUGGAGAGCGUCAAUCAUAUUCAUCAGCAUGAUAUUGUACACAGGGACUUAAAGCCUGAAAACUUGCUACUGGCCAGCAAAUGCAAGGGGGCGGCCGUCAAGCUGGCAGAUUUCGGGCUCGCCAUCGAAGUCCAAGGGGAACAGCAAGCCUGGUUCGGGUUUGCUGGCACUCCAGGCUAUCUGUCCCCUGAAGUCUUAAGGAAAGAUCCUUAUGGGAAACCGGUGGAUAUCUGGGCAUGCGGAGUUAUUCUGUAUAUAUUACUCGUGGGGUACCCACCCUUUUGGGAUGAAGAUCAGCACAAGCUCUAUCAGCAGAUCAAAGCAGGAGCCUAUGACUUUCCUUCUCCGGAGUGGGACACCGUGACCCCCGAAGCAAAGAACUUGAUCAACCAGAUGCUGACAAUAAACCCAGCCAAGCGCAUCACUGCUGACCAGGCACUUAAGCACCCAUGGGUGUGUCAACGAUCCACUGUGGCCUCUAUGAUGCACAGACAGGAGACGGUGGAAUGCUUGAGAAAGUUCAAUGCCAGAAGGAAGCUCAAGGGUGCCAUCCUCACAACAAUGCUGGUGUCUCGGAAUUUUUCAGUUGGCGGCAGGCAGAGCUCCGCCCCUGCUUCGGCCACUCUGAGUGCGGCUGCCGGCCUGGCAGAGCAAGCUGCCAAAAGCUUACUGAACAAGAAGUCAGAUGGCGUAAAGAAAAGGAAGUCAAGCUCCAGCGUGCAUUUGAUGCCACAGAGCAACAACAAAGCCAAUGUAGUAAGCCCAGGCAAAGACACACCCCCAGUGCAGAUGGCCAUGGAACCACAAACUACUGUUGUCCACAAUGCUAAUGAUGGUGUGAAGGGUUCCACGGAGAGCUGCAAUACGGCCACUGAAGACGAGGACCUGAAGGGUAAGCGGCUUGACAAUAAACAGGCAAAAGAUACUAAACCUGCUGGCAGGCACGGAGCAGUUUUCAGCGCAGAAACAAAGAAGGGGCAAUGCUCCUGCUACCCCAGCAGUGACGGUGGGAUGCUAGCACAGCACUCUGCACUGUCUUCCACCGCUGUGCAGGGACACAACAGCCACCCUCCGGCGGAUCCAUGGAUGUCGGAUGAACUGCUGGCUGGAGAGAAAGGGGGCACGCUAGCUGUUCCUUGGGCUGUGCCUGGCGUUCAACCAACUCACUGGCUGUCGGAUGAGUACAGGGAGUGCCCCCCUGCCCCAGUGAGCCCCAGCUCAGCUCCCCUUGAGGAGAAGUUCUGCCAUUUCUCCAUCUUUGCCCCAGGAGUGGAGCUCACAGAUGAGCAAUGGAAGAGCUCCUGCUGGGGAGGGAAUGGGAGCCAGUCAGGCGGCCGCCAAGUGGGUCAUGUCUGCCUCAGCCCCAUUGUGCAUCUGGGGGGGAUCGCCUUCAGCUAUCCAGAUGAAUUGCCCACCUGGGUUCUCUGGAAGAUCUGUGACCCAGGAUUGACUUCCUUUGAGCCUGAAGCGCUGGGGAACCUCGUGGAGGGGAUGGACUUCCACAAGUUUUACUUUGAAAACUUACUGUCCAAGAACAGCAAGCCAAUCCACACCACCAUCUUGAACCCGCACGUUCACGUUAUUGGUGACGACGCAGCCUGUAUUGCCUACAUCCGCCUGACGCAGUAUAUUGAUGGCCAAGGCCGGCCUCGCACCACGCAGUCUGAAGAGACCCGUGUCUGGCACCGCCGUGACGGCAAGUGGCUGAAUGUCCACUACCACUGUUCUGGGGCUCCUGCGGCUCCUCUCCAGUGAAGCUGAAACAUGGCUUUCGGAGAUACUCAGCGGGAGGGCAAUAUCUUCUCAGCAAGCAGCUCUGGAGUGCCUGAAUUACAGCGACGGUCAUGUUCGUUUUGACGUUAAAAAAAUAAAAAAAGAAUUACAAAACCGGCAGCAGCCAAAUGCACGAAACCCUGCAUGAAUCCGAUGCUGCGGGCACUGCCGCCUUUCUGUUGUUUUUCCAUGGAUCCAUCGUGUCUGUUUCUGCUGUACGGAGGUGUCUUUUAAAUCUUGAGCGAAACCCAUAUUUGUAUAGAGAACGAGCUCGCCACCCAAGGUGGAGUGCCCACCGCCUCCUCUCCGGGGAUGAGGCUGGCUCGGCAGCUGAAGCGUCUUUCAGAAUCGGAGCAAAGCAGGGGGAGGAGAGCAGGCAGCAACGGGCGGUGCCUCCAGAAGGCAUGGUGGGGGUCCCAUCUUGUCUUACGCUACGCUGAAGUGUGGCUAGUGAGGGGGGCCUGGGGCCAGCUUGGAGAAUAAAAAGGGGGGGCAAGGUGGAAGGAGGACAUUUCUCUCUCCCUCUGCCGCCCAGCAGAGCCACUGGAGCCUGACCUGUCAGCGGCAGGGACUUCCGCAGCAGUCAGCCACCGGCUCCCACUGACGGACUGCGCAAAAAUGAACAAGAAUGUUUUCAGGAACACGUUUUUUUGUGUGUGUGCUGGUUUUCAAUAGCAUAGGAGCUUGCUCUUCAGAGAUUCACUGAUUUUUAGAAACAGCCACUCCUCGGAGGCAUGGAGUCAGUCGAUAACAGAAAAGUUUUAAGAGCAAAAAUGCUAGGGGGGAAGAGUACGUGAACGGCUUCUCUUAUUCUCGGGGCUUGGUUUGGUUUUUUUUCCUCUAUGUAGAAUAGAUGGGAUCCAGAGUGCUGCGGAAUGUGUGUUCCUUAGGAAGCAGUUGAAAAAACAAACAAACAAAAAACCCUUCGCGUUGCAUUCUGCCCUGAAGAUUUGCACACAUCUGCGUUUGCUUUCCUGUAAGAUGUGUAACAUAGUUUGUGUUUUAUACGGUAAUCUAUAUAUGUGCUCCUCUCACCGUGGGGCUCCUUGGCGUUCCCGUUUGGCCUGUUCUCGGACAGGCGUGCCGAGGGCGCCGGCAACUUCGGGCGAGUGCUGAUUCCGCUAGCCUGGGGUCCAUCUAACAUCGUUGCUUUGUUUCCUGUUGUUCCAUUGAAUUUGUUGGAUUUUUUUUUUAUUUUUACAACGACUCUCAUUCAUGCGGUGGGGCUGUUCAGUAAUCGAUCGAGUCAGAACCUCAGCUUGCCCGCAGGCGAGAGGCUCUCCAGCGUCUGCUUUGGGUUCCUCUGAUAGAGAAGAACUCUUCUGCACCCAAGGGAAUGGGAAGCCUAACGACCGACUAGGGUGCUGCCGUAGCGCAUGGCCCCUCUUUCUCUCCCUUGAUCCCGAGGUGUGCAGUCUGUAUCCUUUAUUCCCCAUGUGGGAAAAUGUUUAACAAUUGUGUGUCUUGGCUGUUGAUUAAUCCCAUUUCCAAGUAGGCGGAGUGGGGAUAGAAGCUUUCCUAGUAAACUUUUGAGUUCAAGGCGUUACACCGUGGCGCACUCUGCACACAGUCCGCGUGGGGCACCCCAAAGCUUUUCUGCAUGUCUUGCCACUAGAGCUGGGAGAUGGAAAGGAAAACUGCCCAGGUGGGACUGCGCCAGGCAAGGCAACUUUGGAAACAGAGCCGAGGGCAAGCCGCAGAGUGAAACGAGAACUUGGAAAGACCGCAGAAGUGGGGUGGGGGGUGGCGUGAGCUUGGCCCCUGCACCAGGGUUUUGGCCUUCUCCUGACAAAGGAGACUACCGGGUCUGCCCCACUGCACAUAAGACCGUGCAGGGCUUAGAGCAUCUCUCUUCCGCACAGCAGGCCUGCACAAAGUCUCCUCCUGCCUCCAGUACCUUCACGUUGGAUGCGCGGCAGGAGGGAGGGGGAAAAAGAGCAUGGUGUCAAAAGGAGGGAGGCAUGCCCCACUUUUGCACACGGGACAGACUUAAGACAGCACUAACUUUCGAGUGGGGUGAAAACGAAAAGCCUUGAUAAUUUUAUUCAGGUUUUUUAACAAUAAAGCCACGAAGUGGGGAACAGGAAAUUAGUUAUGCAGCUUUAAAAAAAUAAAAGUACAAACUCUGCAUGCUUUUAGGUCUGAUCUUUCCUUGUCUCUUUAUCUGAAGAUAAUUAAUAACAAACCCUCUGUAUUAAUUACCUGCAUCUUUCAAAACAGAUUUUUGAGAGGGACAGUUUUGAGUUGGAUUUUUUUUGUCUUUGUUUUUGCACAGUCUUUAUGACAUGUUCUAAUUUAAUGAGAACCUUAGCUUGGUAUGGCCUUUCUCAAACACAGCUGUGUAGACCCUCAGCAUUCUUAAUGUUCUCUUAUGAGGUUAAUGUAAGCAUCUAUAUAAUAUCAUGUUUUAAACAGGAAAUGGAAGAUGUUUGAUGCAAAAAAAAUUUUGCAUGAUAGAGAAAUAAUUGAAAUUGUUAGGCUUUUUUCCUGAAUGUUGGUAGAACCUUCAUAGCUUUGUUAUAAUGAAACCUUGAACUGAAAAUAUUUAAUAAAAUAACAUUUAAAUCGUGCAAAAAA